UCAACAACUAACUUGCGCUAUCCGAUGGAGAGAGGAUCAGUUUUCGAAGCGUCUCGUGGUUUAUAAAAAUCUAUCACAGUAAACAAAUUUCCAUAGACAAAUAGCCCCUUCGUCAACCGCGGAACAUAGUCAUGCAAUAUCAGCACCCGGCGCAAUCAACAAUGAAUGCUCCUCUUUACGCACCGACCCCUGUCCAGCCGGUACACCCGACUCCGUUUUAUAUUGAAGACAUUCUUGGCAGAAACAGCACUCCGUCGACUAGCACGGUCGUACCGACGCCUACAUUGCCAUCUCCCAAUUCUUCGUUUACGAGUUUGGUGCCACCUUACCGAACCCCUAUCUACGAGCCAACUCCGAUCCACCCGGCUCUUUCACACCAUGCUGCGUUAACAGCCACAUAUGCCUCAGGCGCAUUCACCAGUUCCAUUUAUCCGUUUCACCGCUCGGUUGGAGACUAUACCCACGCUUUGAUUAGACACGACCCCCUUGGUAAACCUCUUUUAUGGACACCAUUUAUACAACGUCCAUUGCACAAACGAAAAGGUGGCCAAGUUCGAUUCUCAAAUGACCAGACAAUCGAACUGGAAAAGAAAUUCGAGACACAAAAAUAUCUGUCACCACCGGAGAGAAAGCGACUGGCGAAGAUGCUGCAGCUGAGCGAGAGACAGGUGAAAACUUGGUUUCAGAACCGCAGAGCGAAGUGGAGGCGACUCAAACAGGAAAACCCUCAAGGCAGCAAGCGGGAAAUGGAGGAUGACAGCUCGGAGAGAAUUUGUGACCAGCGGCAAGAUUUGGAAUCCAGCCCUAAUCAUAGGCGCACAGAUGUUACACAUAAACAUGCGCAGCCCUCGCCGCAGUCUCAUGGAGAAAUGGAUUCGGACAUUUCUGAUGAUUCGGAUCAAGAAUUGGACAUUGAGGAAGACGACAUCGAGUUCUCUAUAAAUCCGCAGAUAUGAGGUCAUUCGCAUCGCUUUUGUAAAUACUGUAUACGUGUACAUACAUAUGAGAAUUCACUUAUUGUCUUUAAACAUAAAUUAAUGAAAAUACAUCUGAUUCUAGUCCGUCAGUUAUACAGUAUAAUCAAUUGUUUCAAACGGCUGAUCAUGGAAACUUGAAGAGGUUUUUUUUCGGG